GCUUCACAACUCUCUCUCCACCAAAAGCAUUCAUGGAGAUUUCACAAACCGAAGCACACCAAAUAACCGAAACCAUUGACAAGUCCGCCUCGCAGAACACGCCAGGCCCUCCUAACGAGGCUCUGUUCCUCGCCAUGGCUUACCUUCCAGUGCUGGAGCUUUUAGCCAUGAGCGAGGUUUGCUCGUCGCUGAGAGAUUCGGUGAAAAACGACAUUCUUCCGUGGCUGAACAUCGUCGUCGAAAGGCCUCUCAACAAGCGAUUGUGUGAUGGGAAUUUGAUGCAAAUCGCUGCCAUGGCCAAAGGGAAGCUCAGAACUCUGGCUCUGUUUAACUGCUCCCACAUUACUGAUGAUGGGCUUCAAUGGGUUGUACAGCAAAACCCUUGCAUUAACAAGCUAUUAAUACCAGGAUGCACAGGCUUGACGCCAGAGGGAGUAAUAAGAGCUGUGAAGACAUUAUCCCAACAAGGCCACACCUUGAAAAGCCUAUGGAUUAAUGGCGUCUACAACGUACAAAAACACCACCUUGAAACACUUCACUCUUAUCUUCAAAUUCCCGCUUCAGAACAUAGACCAAUGUCUUUCCCAUCUCAUGGAAACACAAACUUCUUAAGACUCAGACACCACAUAGACCUGCCGCCGAUAGACGUACAAAUCUGCCCAAGAUGCGAUGAACCGAGAAUGGUCUUUGACUGCCCAAGAAAGAGCUGUCAGUUUAAGAAAGAGGGGUCCACUGGGAUGGAAUGUAGAGGCUGCAGCCUUUGCAUUCCAAGGUGCGCAGAAUGUGGUGGGUGUUUUGAUGCUUUUGGAGAGAUUGAAGAAGCUGUUUGUGGAGAUGAUUUGUGCUCUAAUUGUUGGCUUCAUCUUCCCAAGUGUAGUUUCUGUAACAAGCCGUAUUGUAAGCGGCACGCCGAGGAGAACUCUCGUUUUACUUCAGGAUCAACUGGAUUUGUCUGUGAUGCUUGUCGUGCUAAGUUUGUUGAAAGUUUGUACUACAGUGAUGAUGAAUGAUGGUUUAUGGGAAAACCAGUGUAUAAGAAACUUCUAUUUUCAUGUGGAUCCUCUGCAGAAACAUUUUAAGGUGCAGUACAGUAAUAUGGCAUAGUUGCAAGUUAGUGUUUUGAAACAAGAGUCAUUCAUGUUGGUAAUCAUAGUAAUCAUACUUCUGAACUGCUAGACUU